GAGAUUUUCAAGGAUUUGGAGGGAGCCUUUGUUGGAAGUAGAAAGGAAGUUCGAGGAGGACUCACGGUUUCUGGGGACGCCACUGAUGUCUAGGACACACCUUAUAGAGAUCCGAUUUUGGGAUCGAACGGGAGAAUACGAGGAGGCUUUGCGCCAAACUCUGAGAGGGGACAGAGAGGUCGGUCGUAUUAGGUGUGAGGAUUCACUGGUAGAGGCCACCGCGAGGUUGGAAGGCGUGAGGGAUCUGAUUAGGAGAUGUGCGCAAGAAGGGAUUAGGGUCAUUUCGGACCUUGAAAUCGCAAAUCUUGCGUUGGCCGCUAGCGAGGAGAAGAAGCUGAGAGAUUCUUGGUGGAUGGUGACCAGUGAGGAAUCAGAAGGAGAAGGGGCUGACGAGGAUUCGAGUGAGGAGAAGGGGGGAUCGGAGGAGGAGAAGAACUCAGGAAGUAACGGAGACAGUGGGGUAGCGGAAGCCGCGAGGGGCGUUUCGGUGGAGUCCUGGUGGGCUGACCUAAUGGAUGCGAAAGCAAGGUUAGAGGGAACACGGGAUUUUCCCAGAGAUAGACAGGGGUAUCGACCACUUAGGGGGGAGGAAGAAGAGUGUCGGGACAGGAGAGACUUGCGAGAGGGGGGGUCAGCCGAGGCCGACGGACGGACGAGGAGAUGGGUCGAAAGGAUUCCGGAGGCCGUCACCAGUGAGAGACAGGCAUUAAUGGGACCAAGGACUGGCACAGAGAGGCGAAUGCCUGCGUGGGAAGGGACGAUCGAGGGCUCGAGGGGCCUUCCUAUAGAACACUGGUGGGGGGAUUUACCGGACGCAAGAAUGGGAGAAGCCCUGGAAUUACCAAGAGAUAGGGGGGGGUACCGACCACUCCGGAGAGAAGAGGAAGGGGGACCAAGUAAAAGCGGGCUUAGAGACGAAAGGCCGGCGGAGGCUGGUAGCAGGGAACGUACAUGGGCCGUGAGAGAAGUGGAUGCUGCAUGGGCACCUGGAGAGAUAACGGGUAGAAGUCAGGGGAUAGAGGCCCGGAGAGGCUUUGGAGGGCAGGACCACGCUCGGUGGGAUGCGGAUUGGCUGGAUGAGCGGGGCCGCUACGAGGAAGACCCCUGGGAGCCGUCAAGACCUCGAGGCCGUUUAGAGGAGCCCGAUCCUUUGUGGUACAAGCCAUACGAUCCGGCAAUCAAUGGACCGAUGGAAGGUCCCUAUUUUCGUCGAUAUGACGACCGGCGGAUGCCCUAUUAUGAUGUCAACCUGGGUCCAGAGGCGCUUUUUUUCGAUGGACGAAAUGUGACCAGGUUCGUAGAGAAAUGGGAAAGCUACGCUUACCGCAAGAGAUUCUCCGAGAGGGAGUGGAUUGAUUAUUUCAUCCAGCACUCGGAUCCCGAGUUAGACACCGCGAUCCGAGCUAUCUACCCUUCCGACGGACGAUGGAGGACCUUCAGGGCAAGCCUAUUGCAGACUUUCGCCUGUGAUGACCUGAUCCCGACCGUGGAGGGCUUGAGACGUAUUACAAGGGGGGAAAGGGAGAGUUUGGUAGCCUUUACCCGUAGGUUCAAGCGUCUGUCCCAAGCCCUAGUGGAUAGGGGCAUGCUAUCCGAGGUAGACAAGUGCGUAAUGUUCAUGCUGCAUCUACCCGAGGAAAAGAGGAAGGAGGUCCUUGAGAAGGCCCUGAGGGAUUCUGCAAAUUUCAAGAAAGUUGCAGAAGUGGUUUUCACAGGAGGAGGGGUAGACGUGAGGGAGUACAUGAAAGAAACCUUGGACAUGGCUCUCCGCAACAUGAGAGAGGAUGCUAGGGAUGGAAGGUGGGGAGACACCUCUCAAGCAAGGGCUUUUAGACCGCGACCGGAGGUUAGGGCGCCACCGCCGCCAGCACCACCACCACCGGCUCCGCCUGCGCCCAUAGCGACGACAGCGCAAGGGGGUCCACGCCCCAACAUUCCCCAAGCUCGGAGCGGGUGUGUCUACUGCAAUGAAGAAAAUCACAUCAAGAGGGAUUGCCCCUAUCUCACGGAGGCUUUAAGAAUGGGAGUGGUCAAGCUAAAUGAGAACAAGUGGGUUGUGUGGGGAGAUAGCGGAGAGGCGGUCUCCUUCUAUCCAUCGAUGAAGGUGAACGUGGACAAGAGGGUGGCCCUUCAAGAGGCUAGGCUAGGAAAGAAACCGGAGGCCAGGGGCUCCUCCAGCGCGGCUCACAUCCAAAUGGUGGAGUCACCCGGAGGGUUGUCCAUUAGGGAACCCCAAGUAUCGAGCAUCAAGUUCAUAGAUACACAGGCCGAGGAGGAGACGCCCUGCCUAAGGGUGAGGACGCAGGCCGGGGCUGAGACAUCUGAAAACCAAGCAAGCGUGACGGAAAGUACGGAGGUAAAAAGCGGCGACAAUGACCAGCCAAUGGUCGAUGCGAAAGUAGCGGAGGAAAAGAAGGAAGAGCCCACCUCGCCAAAAUCACCUAAGAAAAGGGGGUCCAAAAAGUUUGAAAUGAAGUGCACUCUGGACGAGAUAGACACGGUAGCGCCUCUUAGGAGAACUCUGAUGCAGCCCAUGCAGUGCACACUUUUGGAAUAUCUAGCCACAAGCAAAAGUGUCAGAGAGGAGCUCCUAAGCAUCACUAGGAAGGUUAGAGUCCCGAUCGUGUGGGGAUCCACGGUGCCGGUGGAAGGCCCAGCCAAGGAGGACGUGCAGGCUUCCCGCAUCACCCUGGAGAAACUGUCUGCCAACUUCUUCUCGGGAGAAGAGGCCAAGAGGUUCUAUGUGCUAGGUAGCGGCCAGCUCCAGGCGGUAGUGAGUGGGGAAAAGAUGAGGGCUCUAGUAGACAAUGGGUCCGAGUCUAUGGUAUGCAGGGACUCCAUCACGCUAGAGUUGGGCUUGGAGAUAGAUCGAGGGGUGUCGAUGUCAAUGGUAGUGGCCGAUAACAAGCUGCAACCAGCCGAAGGGGUGUGUCAUAGUCCCGUAAUUGAGGUCGCUGGUGUAGAGGCCACGGUUCCGAUUUUUUCGGUGAAAGAAUGCUCCUCCGAAUUGAUCCUCGGAAGGACCUGGUUGAGCGCGGUACAGGCAACCACAGUUGAUUUGCGCGUGCGGGCGCACACUUAAAUAUAAUAUCUGGUCUGGGCGCGCACUUAAAAAUAAUAUCUCAUGCUCAAUCUGUUGGUCAAAUGACAAUCGA